AUGGCUACCCUUCCGCGCUUCGCUUAUCCGUCCGACGCGCGAGCUCACGUCAAACCCUCGUGGGUCCGUGUGGCGCUGGCUGGCAGGCUGGCAGCUCGUGAUCUGCAUCUCCUCCUCGUAUAUAUAUGCACGCACGCACACACACCCGGCCUGACCGUGCACGGCGCUCCUGCCAACCGACCGAUCGCCAUGGCCGCCGUUGCCUCCAUGAAGCUCUCGCUCGCCUUCGUCCUCCUCCUCUCCGGGCUCGUCGUGUUCGGCGAGGUUGGUGGCGCCGCGGCCAGGACGCCCAGCAGGGUGGACUGCUCGUUGGUCCGGUGCAUCCAGGGCGGCUACAUCGUCUGCGACAACUACCCCGGCCAGAAGCUGGACGGCUGCAUCUGCGGGUGCGCGCCCAGGAACGGCAAGAACUGCGUGCUUUACCUCCAGUCCGGCUCCAGACAGGAGUGCGGCAAGUCGGAGUAGCUUGUAGCCGAGCUACGCUCGCCAUGCUUGCCUCCGUCGAUGUAAUAAGUUUCAGGCUUAGAGAGUCUGGCUAGAAUAAGGCCGCCGCAUGUGUAUCAACGUCGGAGUUGUAUUCGGCGGAAAAGUUGAACAAGAACGGAUGCAUCUUUUUGGCAAGAAUGCGCAUGCCUGAUCUUGGCCUCU